UGCAGUACCAAGUAUGGAGUAUGAUUUAUGCGUGCAUUUAUGGAUACUCAUAAUUACUAAAGCAGCUCAAUAAAUCCAUUAUCUCCAUCCCCUAGUUAUAUAGAGUCUACGUCCGAGUUUCAAUUCUCAUUCAGUCUUCGAUUAAUUCUUUAGCAGUCCAGCCUUCUAACUUUCGUUAUUCAUUUUGCCUUGAUUGAAUGGUAACCUCUAUCUCUAGGUAUUUCUCUCCAAUAAUUUUUCUCUCAUUUUGAGUUCUUUCCUUCAUGAAAUCGUCACAUAUAUCUUUCGUCUCUGUACUUUUUAUCCUUGUACAGUUGUACUACUCAGAUUUUACAAUAUUAUGAUUACGUUAAACUGUUUUAUUUUGUAAUGUUUCUUUUAGGAUAAAAUGUUACGUUUCAUACAUAUGUUUUUGUUAUUGUUAUUAUAUCUUGUCCCUCUAGUAUUUAUACGAAACAAAUAAAAUGCUACUCCAUUUUUAUUAUAUCUUUGAGCUUUAUACGAAGUAAUUUAUUAUGACCGCCCAAGUAAUAUACAUUCACACAAACGCAUGCAUACAUCAUUUGUGUCCAACGAAAUUAGCCUGUUUAUGAUACUUCUAGCCUUCUAGGCUUCUAGCGGAAAUAAUUAAGUGCCGGUUUGGAGAUGUCAACGAUAAUGCUCUACUGCUUCCUUCUUUGUGCUGCUCUCAUUGUUGACCCAUCAAAGGCUGACAAAAAUGUUAGCAAGACUUUGAUAACGAGCGCCGUUGCUGAAGGAGCCGUGUGUUUGGACGGAAGCCCGCCCGCGUACCAUUAUGAUGCAGGCAAAGGUUCCGGUGCACGUAACUGGCUGGUCCAUUUGGGAGGAGGAGGGUGGUGUUUAAACAGCACCAUAUACGAAAAUAUGAAAAAUGCCUUUGCUGAAAGCUGCUGUACUCGUGCCACGUCCAAAAUGGGAUCUUCUUUCCUCAUGACUGAUUUCCCAUUUGAAGGGAUAUUUUCUGAUGAAAAAAAUGAAUCUUAUUUUUACAAUUGGAAUCGUGUCGUCGUGGGAUACUGUGACGGCGGAUCAUUCUCAGGAGAUGUGGAUCAACCUGAUCCGGUAACAAAGCUUUUCUAUAGAGGCGCCCGGAUUUACAGAGCUGUGAUGAAUGAGUUAAUGGCUAAAGGCAUGAAAGAUGCCGAAAAUGUGAUCCUUGCCGGAGGUUCUGCCGGUGGAAUAGGUGCCAUGAUCCAUUGCGAUCAUUUUAGAAGCCUAUUUCACCCGACAGUGAACGUCAAGUGUUAUAUUGAUAGCUCUUUGUUCUUAAAACUCAGGAAGGAUCCCAAGCGUGCCAUGUUUUUCAAGACUAUAUUUGGCACGGUUGUUGAACUACAGCAAAGCGCCAAGGCAUUGCCGGCAGAAUGCAUAUCGGAACGAAGCCCAUCAGCGUGCUUCUUUCCUAAAACAUUGGUGAAGUACAUAAAAACUCCCAUAUACCUUUUGAAUUCGGCAUUUGAUUCAUAUCAGAUACGAAACAUGUUUUCUGAGGGCUUACACGAUCAGAUAAUGAAUCAUACGGUUACUCCAAGUGAUAUGGAAUUGCUAAAAGAUUUCAGGCAACAAAUAAUAAAGGCAUUGCCUACCCCGUCAGCCACUAAUGGGUACUUGGUAACCUCACAGUUUGGCCAUUCCUUCGGCCGGAUUGGUUUGAAGGUACCCAUGUUUCCCGAAAACAAAACGUCAAAGACAAUGGAGAAGGCGAUGGUCGAGUGGUUCUUUGGUGAAAGAAGGAUCCACAUUAUUGAUCCAAACGAUGAGCCAUUCUGGAAUGCUACAUUAUCUCAUUGAAUGAGUCUCUGUUAAUUAUAGAUUGUUUCAAUUCUCAACUCUAAAUUAAGACUACGUACUUGAAUGUUACAUUAAUUACCUCUCAGUAUCUACUUUUCUUAGUUAUGUCUUUUUAAAAUUCCCAUCUCUAAAUUGUGACUAAUUGAAUGUUACGUACGAUCCGGGCCGGUCCUGAGAUGUUGAAGGUCCUAUUCAGUAUUAAAUAAAGGCCCUAAAUUAUUAAAAAGUUAU